AAUGCGGAAAGUAUGGAAAAACAUCUCGUAAUGUAUUUAACCAGAAAAUCGAUUAUGCUUCUGCGGAAGUAUCUACUCGUUACGGAAUCUCAGGUGUCAAAGUGUGGAUUUCAUAUAGUAAAAAAAAGGGACGUGCUAUAUCCAAAACGUACGAAAUUUAGUAAAUAUCGUAAAGGCAGAUGUAGUAGGGGUUGCAAACCAGACGGAACAAAACUAGGUUUUGGAAGAUAUGGCACUCAAAGUUGUAGAGCUGGUCGUCUUUCAUAUCGAGCCAUUGAAGCAGCGCGUCGGGCUAUAAUCGGGCACUUCCAUCGUGCUAUGAGCGGACAAUUCCGAAAAAAUGGUAAGAUAUGGGUAAGAGUUUUCGCAGAUAUCCCUAUUACCGGGAAACCUACAGAAGUAAGAAUGGGAAGAGGAAAAGGAAAUCCUACGGGUUGGAUUGCUCGUGUGUCCGCGGGACAAGUCCUAUCUGAGAUGGAUGGUGUGAGUUUGUCAAAUGCUCGACAAGCCGCUACAUUAGCGGCGCAUAAACCAUGUUCGUCAACCAAGUUUCUUCAGUGGUCGUAACGUAAUUGGUUAGUGGGGAAAAACCAGGCCGGGACUCAAAAGAAUUAGGCGAAGGGUUUGUUCCUGAACGAGGGAAGUGGAAAGACACUAAUGUUAAAAUA